AUGAGUCUGGUGGGGGGCUUCCCCCACCACCCGGUGGUGCACCAUGAGGGCUAUCCGUUCGCCGCCGCCGCCGCCGCAGCCGCCGCCGCAGCCGCCAGCCGCUGCAGCCACGAGGAGAACCCCUACUUCCAUGGCUGGCUCAUCGGCCACCCCGAGAUGUCGCCCCCCGACUACAGCAUGGCCCUGUCCUACAGCCCCGAGUACGCCAGCGGCGCCGCCGGCCUGGACCACUCCCAUUACGGGGGGGUGCCGCCGGGCGCCGGGCCCCCGGGCCUGGGGGGGCCGCGCCCGGUGAAGCGCCGGGGCACCGCCAACCGCAAGGAGCGGCGCAGGACUCAGAGCAUCAACAGCGCCUUCGCUGAACUGCGCGAGUGCAUCCCCAACGUGCCCGCCGACACCAAACUCUCCAAGAUCAAGACGCUGCGCCUGGCCACCAGCUACAUCGCCUACCUCAUGGACCUGCUGGCCAAGGACGACCAGAACGGCGAGGCGGAGGCCUUCAAGGCGGAGAUCAAGAAGACAGAUGUGAAAGAAGAGAAGAGGAAGAAGGAACUGAACGAAAUCUUGAAAAGCACAGUAAGCAGCAACGACAAGAAAACCAAAGGCCGGACGGGCUGGCCUCAGCACGUCUGGGCCCUGGAGCUCAAGCAGUGAGGAGGAGGGAGAGGAAGAGGAGGAGGAGAAGAAGAAGGAGAAGAGGCGGAGGAGAGCGCGAGCCGGGCCCAGGAGCCGGAUGCAGACCCAGGACUCCGGGCAAGCUCCGCGCGCUCCGCUCUGAGGACUUCCUGCAUUUGGAUCAUCCGGUUUAUUUAUGUGCAAUGUGCCUCCCUCUCUUUGCCCCCCUUCGAGGCAUCCGCUCCCCACCUUCCCCUCCAAAAACAAAGUGGAUAUUUGAAGAAAAGCAUUCCAUAUUUUAAUAUGAAGAGGACACUCCCGCGUGGUAAGGGAUUCCGGCGUCUCGUAGAUUCUCUGUUUGUGAAUGUUUCCUCCUGGCUGUGUAGACACCAGCGGUACCCUCUCCCCAACCCCCUCCAGGUAAAGACAGCGGACAAUAGUGUGUAUGUGAAGUGUACCUUUAAUACUUGGCCUUUGGAUAUAAAUAUUCCUGGGGAUUAUAAAGUUUUAUUUCCAAGCAGAAAACGGGGCCGCUAACGUUUCCGUUGGGGUCGGUAUCUAGCGCUGCCAUUUCAUCUGUGGUGGUUCCCUAUGUGAAGAUGUUUCCAACAGCUACUUGUUUUGUGCACUUCCGUCCUCUAAAACUAAGUGGAAUUUAAUUAAUAUUGAAGGUGUAAACGUUGUAAGUAUUCAAUAAACCACUGUGUGUUUUUUUUUUUACAAAACCCCAAUCUUUUA